UCUAACUUGUGACCAUUAUCAUUGUCCUCUCUCUCUCUCUCCAAUGUGGACGCAGCAACUGCUACAGGCACCACCACCCCAGAACCUCUUCCUCUGUUGUUCAGCUCCGAGUGUUCCAAAAAAACCAUCUUUUGUGAAACUGUGUCCGACCCAGAAUGCCAAAAGUCACUACAACAGAGUAAAGCCAAUCUCUUUGGAUGAAUUUCCCCCGAACGCCCUUCGCAGGAGAGGAGGCUUCACUCUUGGAGUCGACCUGGGUAUGGCUCGCACUGGCAUUGCCAUCAGUAAAGGCUUCAACUUUCGCCCUGUAACGGUUUUGGAAUUGCGAGGACAGAAGCUUGAGGUCCAGAUGAUAAACAUUGCUGAACAAGAGGAGGCAGACGAGUUUGUAAUUGGACUUCCAAGAUCUUUUGACGGGAAGGAAACACCACAGUCAAACAUAGUCCGUACUGUUGCAGGGAGGCUUGCUAUUCGAGCUGCUGAGAGGGGUUGGAGGGUAUAUCUACAGGAUGAACAUGGGACAACAACAGAAGCCGUAAAUCGAAUGGUGAACAUGGGCUUAAGUAAGUCCUCUCAGCAGAGGAAACUUGAUGCCUAUGCUGCCAUGAUGGUACUGGAGAGAUAUUUCUCCACGUCGGGUAAGGAUGCUGAAUUUGUUUUGCCAAAGAAUCUAGAACUGCAAGGAAAACUCAGAAAGGGUCCUCCUGAAGACGACGAUUUUUUCUCAGAUGAAGAUUAAUCACCAGAAUGAAUGCUUUGUGCCAUUAACUUCUGCGGCAAAUUUUAUGGUGGUGCCUGGUACUAAAGGUUGAUAACAUGGGGUGAAGCUUACUAAUUACAAGUAUGCAUGGGAAAGUUAUGAGAAAAGAGAAAGUUGAUGUCUUUUAAAUAAGUGAGGGUUUUUUAAAUCACUUGUUUUCAAGCCUCAACUUAAUAUACUACAGUGACUUUAAAGACGGCAGAUUAGUUGUAAAUGUUAAUGUCAUUAUGUUAACCUUUAACAUGAAGAAUGCAUGUCAAAUCUUUAAGUCUCUU